AUGUCUCUUGUCGUAAAAGUGAGAAGCUCCACGGACCUCUGUGGCUCCGUUGCGGUCGUGCAACUCGACGGCGGCGCGCAGGACGGCGUUCGUGCAGGCGGACGGCUCGUUCCGCUUCGCCGACGUCGCUAUCGGUCGCCACGUCGUGAGCAUUCCGUCCACGGCGCUGCUCUUCGGGCAGUUCCAAGUGGACAUCGAAGCCGACGGAGCGGUGCGCGUGCGCGAGGCUGCGUACGUGGGCGCUCCGUGGACGGCCGCGAGGUAUCCGCUGGAGGCGGAGCCCGUGAAGGCGCUCAGUACUUUGACCCGCGCGAGAAGUUCAACGUGCUGACGCUGGGGAUGAACCCGUCGUUCUUGACGAUCAUUGUGCCCAUUGGGCUCUUGUACGUGCUGCCGAAGCUGACGGCCGGAAUGGACCCGGACGACGUGAAGAAAGCACAAGAGGAGAUGGGGUCGGCCGACCCGUCGUUGGUGCUGGCGGGCAUGCUGGGCGGUGGACAGCCGAACGCCGACGACAGUGACGACGACUAG